GUUGAAAGCUGACAGUUUAUGAAAACCAUGAGGCUCGAAACCCUGUCGUUCCUGUUGCUGUCAUUGGCACCGGUUGUUGCAGGCUAUCACGGAUGUCCUCAUGGAUUCGUACGGUGGGAGAGAUCGUGCUAUUUGUUCUCAAGAAUAAGCAAAACGUUCUGGGAGGCAAAGCAAUAUUGUCACCACAUAGGAAGUCACCUCGUCAUCGUAACUACGAGGUGUGAGCAAUACUUUCUCAAUAGACAGGCAAAAGCAAACGUCUACUGGCUUGGUGCUACCGACAUCCACAAGGAAGGUGUUUGGAAGUGGGGUGAUAGCCAUGUGAUGGUCUACAGCAACUGGUGUCCAGGACAACCAGACAAUGGUCAUGGAACCGAACAUUGUCUUCAGAUGUUGAAGACAGACUGGCAAUAUCAAUGGAACGAUGACCAAUGUUACAACAGGUUUCCCUUCAUUUGUGAGAAGGAAGUGUAAA